AUGGCCGCUGCUGUAGCAUCGUCAACUGACAGAAAGACAACUGUGAUCAAAUACACUUCACUGGUAAUCCUCGUGCUUCAAAAUUGCUCUCUCGUCCUUUUCAUGCGAUAUGCACUAACAGGAAAUCGACCGAAAUUCUUAAAGACAAUCUCCGUUUUCUGGGGAGAGAUUUUCAAGUUAUGCGCCUCGAUUCUGCUCGUUUGUUUUGAAGCUCGGAGCUUGCAAAAGGGUUUUCACGAUAUUUGGUAUGAGUUCACGGUGAAAUGGAGAGAUUUACUGAAAGUUCUCGUGCCGGCAGCUGUCUACACUGUGCAGAAUUUCUUGUUAUAUGUCGCUGUGGACAAUCUCCCCGCCGCCACUUAUAUGGUCACAUAUCAACUGAAAAUCCUCACGACAGCGAUUUUCACGGUCGCUGUCCUGAAACGGAAACUUUCUUGGCAACAAUGGCUGGCACUUGUUGUCCUUUUUGGUGGAGUUGUCAUUGUUCAAUAUGACCAAAAACUCUCCGAUGAUGCUGAAAAAGCGAAUCGAGCUGCUUUUAUUGCCAAUCAGACGACAACAAUGGCUCCGAUUGACUUGAAUUUGACUGGAGUUGAAGAAAGAGUCAAAGAAAAGCUGGAUAUUCUUGGAACAACGCUGGCUCCAUUUGUUCGAGUCGAGCGUCAGGCCACUCCUUCACCGCCACCCGCUCAUAUUCACGAGCAAAAUUCGAUUUUGGGCUUCACAGCAGUCCUCGUCGCGUGUUUCCUCUCCGGUUUCGCCGGGAUCUACUUUGAGAAAAUUUUGAAAGGCUCAAACGUUUCGAUUUGGAUCCGAAACAUUCAGCUCGCCUUUCCAUCGCUCUUUUUUGCGCUCCUCUUCGCUUCGGUGAAAGACCGAGAGGUGCUGUUUGCUGACGGCUUCUCACCGGCAGCGAUUGGAACAAGGAUGAUGUCCGGUUUUGAUUGGGCUGUUUGGGUGACGGUUGGGAUUAGCGCUUUCGGCGGUUUAGUCGUUGCCGUGGUCAUCAAAUAUGCGGAUAAUAUUUUAAAGGCCUUCGCCACCUCAUUCGCCAUCGUGUUGAACUGUGUGCUGGCGUAUUGGUUGUUCAACUUCCAUCCCACAUAUCUUUUCGUUUUGGGAGCGAUCAUGGUGAUUGGAGCCGUCUUUGGAUACAGUAUAUUCCCCUAUCGUGCCACUCAUCAACCGAUUCCAACCGUUGAAACGAAAGAUGAUAAUGAUGAAGAGUUGAAAGAUGUUCAAACUAAACUCUCUGGCGAGAUCCGUUUAGCGAAAGCGCUCGACCGAGAAACCCUCGAUCGACACGUGCUCAAGGUGACAGCUUUUGAGCGUCUCGAUCCAUCAAUUUCUUCCUCAGCUUCUGUCGUUGUUGAAGUGAGCGAUGUGCAGGAUAAUAGCCCGCAAUUUGAACGUGAUUCCUAUGUGGCUGAGAUUUCCGAAGAUGCGCCGAUCGGAACCACUGUUGUCUCAGUGUUUGCCCGGGAUCGUGAUGCGGGUGCGAAUGGAGAGGUUGUCUAUUCUCUGGAAGAGGCUGAAGGCUCAGAUCUCCUUCAAAUCAACCCCAAAUCUGGGGUGAUUCAAACGGCGGCCGCGCUCGACCGAGAGACAUUGCCAUUGAUAAAAGUCAACGUGAUCGCCUCGGAUCAAGGCAAACCCCAGCUCUCAUCCAAAGCUCUCAUUGAAGUCACUAUCAAUGAUGUGAACGAUAAUGCGCCUGUUUUUGAACAGUCAAACUACGACAUCACUGUACUCGAGAACACAACGAUCCCAGUGGUGGUAGCUCGCUUGAAAGCCACCGAUUUGGACAAUGGAGCGAAUGGAAGAGUUCACUAUGGAAUGGUCACCUCAUCCGAUAUUCUCCAUGUUGAUUAUAAGACUGGAGAGGUGACACUUCGGAGAAAAAUUGAUGCCCGGAGCGGGAUCCGAACAUUCGUCGUUCGCGCGAAAGACGGCGCUCAACCAGCGCUCUCCACCACAGCUACACUGAGUCUACAAAUUUUGGAUAUAAAUGAUCAUGCUCCCCGCUUCAUUGCUGCUCAAAAAUCGGUGCUGGUUGAUGAGGGGAUAAAGAAAGGCGAAGAGGUGGCCAGGGUUUACGCGAUUGAUGAAGACACAGGAGUCAACGGGAAAAUCCGAUACUCUUUAGAGGGCUCAUCAGAUUUUGAAAUCGAUCCUGAAACAGGCGUCAUUAUUGCCAACAAAACUCUUGACCGAGAAGAGACACAAAGAUACGAGCUAACGGUAAAAGCCACUGACGGUGGUGAGCCUCAGCUGAGCGCUGGCACGCAGAUGACAAUUUUGGUUCGAGACAUCAACGAUAAUGCGCCGAUUUUUCGACCUGCUGAAAUGAAUGUCACUCUUUCUGAGGAGACACAAAUUGGAGCACAGAUAGCCAUCGUUCGCGCCGAAGAUCGUGACGAGGAACCGAAACUUUUCUAUCGAAUCGAGCAUCAAGAUCGAGAUGGUUUAGUGGCACUCAUCGAUUUGGGAGAUCAAGGUGCUCUUCUUUCGCUUUCUGAAACGCUACGACCGACAGAUCACUCGCUGAAAGUCGUUGUUUCCGCGUCAGACGAUGGAGGACUUAAAGGGACUUGUACGAUCAAUAUUCAUGUGACUGAUGUGAACUCUCCGCCUCGUUUCCCACCACAACCAUUUGCCGUGCAUAUCCCUGAGGAUUCCCUAAUUGGAAAUCAAGUGAUCGUUGUCAGGGCUGAAGACACAGAUCGCGGUGACAACGCUGAGAUCACCUACUCGAUUGACUCUGAUCUUUUCGAGAUCAACAAUGUGACUGGAGAGAUUACGGUAGCUGGCUUAUUGGACCGAGAAGAGCAAAGCAGUCAUAGUCUAACUGUAACUGCUACCGACUCAGCCGAUCCUCCACUCAGCUCGUCGACAAUCAUCGAAGUUACCCUGGAUGACGUGAACGAUAAUGCUCCCGAAUUUUCCUCACAAAAUUAUAUGGCCACUGUUUCGGAGGAUAUCGCCGUCGGCACGUCAUUUAUACAGAUCAUGGCCACUGAUACAGAUGGUGGAACGAAUGGAAUUGUCGACUAUUUCCUGAAUGCAAGUGGCAUCGGAGCUGAGCUUUUUCGCUUGGAUCGAACCUCGGGCACACUGAGAGUCAAUCAAAAAUUGGAUAGAGAAAAGUUGCCAAUAAUCACCCUUCCGGUGUACGCGAAAGAUCGUGGCAGUCCACCACUCAGCGCCAACUCUAUCAUCACCGUCAUGCUACAGGAUGUAAACGAUAAUCCGCCAAAAUUCUCGCAAUCAUCUUAUGACUUGUGGAUAGCGGAGAAUGCUCCGGCAGGCACCCUUGUUGGCACGCUAGUCGCCACGGAUCCUGAUGAGGGAUCAAAUGCAGAGAUCGAGUUUCGUGUCUUUGGCGGUACAGAUGCUCGUCUCUUUGAGCUCGAAUCGGAUCCAAUACAGAAAGGAGUCGUGAAACUGCUCUCAAAGCAACCUUUCGACUACGAGAGCAAGACGAACGCUUUCAGCUUAGAGGUUCAAGCGUCCAGCGGUCAACUCUCAUCGACAGUGCCCGUUCGUGUCCAUGUCUCUGAUGUGAAUGAUCAUCCACCAACAUUGCGAUCAUCAGUUCUCUUGAUUAAUCGUUUCUUAGAUGGACCGAUUAUUGAGAAAUUUGGAUCAAUCCCAGCUUUUGAUCCUGAUCAAAAUGCGACUCUGGAGUACUCGAUUGAGUCAAACGAUUUAAUGAUCAAGGAUCGAUAUUCAGGGAAAAUUCACCAAAGGCUCGUGGAAAAGGGAAAUAAUAUUGAUACAAUUUUGAAAGCAUGCGUUAGUGACAAUCAAUCGCUUCUCUCUCGAUGGGCGGAGAAACCUCAAAAGUUUGGGCAAGCCCUUCCGAUAAAGCCGCAUAAAUGCGAUAUUCGAGUUGAUGAGUGUUUUUCGGGACCGUGCCAGCACAAUGGAAGCUGUUUCCCGCUUGAGAAUGGGUAUCGAUGUGAAUGUGAGAAUGGAUGGAAUGAUGUCGUCUCAGAUCGGUACACUUUGGAAAUGAAUCACUGCCACGGAUCAAUGAAAACCCAAGCAGAAUCGAUUCGGACAUUGAAGAUCAGGCUUGGCGGUCAAACGAAACUCGCUGAAUUGAGUGACGAGAAAGAGAAUCGAAUAAAUGAGACGGACAUUGGCAAACACAGCGACCAUCACUUAUUUCGAGAGGGUCAGGCUUUGAUUGAACUAUCGAUUUUAAUCUGGAAUAUUACAAGAACGUUGACUCUUUGGUUGGAUGAUUAUGAUCCGCUUGUUCUCGUU